AUGGCCGACGGCGGUGCGGCAGAGGUGACGACCAUGUUUGAGCCGUCCAAGACAAAUGUCCAUACAAUGGAUCAUGAAAAGAAGCACGCAACUGAAGCACAACCGGAAAACAUUCAGUCUCCAAUGUCGCCCACCGCCCCCCAUGUACCAUUCCCGUUCCCUCGCCGGACAUCGCUCGAGAUCGACGACUACUUCACCGGCCCACGAGAUAUCUCGAAACACUCGAAAUGGCCGAUAUUUCUCCAAAUGCACGGCAGCAUUCUGCCCAAGAUGAUUCUUCCCCUGAUAUUUAUUGCCGGAUGGUCAACUGCUGUUACCGUCAUCAGCAUGAAGAUCCAUGAUCUUGGUGUGCAAUCAGUUCUCUUGACAAUCACUGGUUUCGUAGUGGGUCUUGGCCUAUCCUUCAGAAACUCAACCGCCUACGAACGCUAUGCCGAAGGCCGAAAAUUUUGGGCCGCACUGGUUUUGGCUUCCCAGGUCCUAGGACGUGUCUUUUGGAUCCAUGGGUUGGACCAUCCCGAAGCCGACCCUCGAGAGUCGGUUCUGAAAAAGCUAAGCUCUAUGAACCUGCUUGUUGCCUUCGCUGUUGCCCUCAAGCACUCGCUACGCUUCGAACCGUACACUGCAUACCCUGAUUUGCAAAAUCUUGUCGGGCAUUUGGAUACAUUUGCCAAAGAAGCAACAAACGAGGACGCAUCGUCUUUUACUGCUCCCAAAAAGAAUUUUUUCAAAGGACUGGGAGAAUAUCUUGGUGUCUCGUUUGCAGCCAGCAACCCACGGAAGACGCUGAAAAAGGCGACACGCCCCCUUGGCAACCUCCCACUCGAAAUUCUCAAUCACAUUGCUGUCACCAUUGACCACAUGGUCAGGAAUGAGCAGCUGAAGGUGCCUAUGCAGCAGACCUUGGCCUAUAACAACUUGAGUGUUCUCAACGACGUUAUGACUGGAUGCGAACGAGUGCUCAACACUCCCCUGCCAAUUGCAUACACUAUUGCUAUUAGUCAAAUCACUUGGCUUUACGUGGUGCUCCUCCCUUUCCAACUCGUCAAGUAUGUGGGCUGGAUCACGAUUCCCGCCACCUUGGCCGCGGCUUACAUUAUUCUCGGACUUCUAUUCAUCGGCCGAGAAAUUGAGAAUCCCUUUGGUCAAGACGUCAAUGAUCUGCCGUUGGACGGUUUCUGUGACCAGAUCGCGGCCGAGUUGGAUAUAAUCGCCUCCUACGAUAUGCAGAACCCGUAUGGUUUUUUCAUGAAAUCAGAAAAUAUGCCCCUUUAUCCCGUCAGCACCGCCUCCGCUGGCACCUGGAUACACCGAAGUGAAGAAAAGCUCAGAGAAGCUAUUAAGACAAAACCCGUGACCACGUUCGAAUGGCGAAGGUCACGAUCAGGUCACCACCAGGGCUCUAGUACCCAGGCAGGCGACCACAAUGUUUAG